AUGAGCAACACGACAGAGAAGAAGCGCAUAGCCAUUGUCGGUAGCGGCAUAUCUGGUCUGAGCGCCCUCUAUGCGCUUCGCAACACACAGCAUGAGGUCCAUCUUUUCGAAAAAGAAGAACGUCUUGGUGGCCAUACGAAUACUGUGACAUGGACACACAAUGGCAAGACCACGCCCGUAGAUACGGGCUUCAUUGUGCUCAACACCGCGACAUAUCCGAACUUUAUUAAAUUCCUCGCGGCUCUCGGGGUGAAGACUGUGGAUUCAGAAAUGACUUUCGGUGUCUCUCGCGAUGCCGGCGCUUUUGAAUGGUCGGGUACAUCAGGCAGCACGCUCUUCGCUCAGCCCGCCAACGCCCUGAAGCCUUCAUUCUGGCGCAUGAUAUUCGACAUCGUACGCUUCAACCAAUUUGCCCUGGAUCUCUUGUCUAUUCCCCCAGGUUCCCUAGAUGCUGUCGCCGCUACGGAGAUGAGCAUUGGUGAGUACUUGGAGUUGAAGGGCUAUUCAGAUGCUUUCAGAGAUGAUUACUUGAUUCCCAUGACGGCGUGUGUAUGGAGUACCGGCGCAGACAAAUGUGCCCUCGAAUUUCCAGCCCUGACACUGGUACGCUUCAUGUGGAAUCACCAUCUACUCAGCACGAUCGCUGAGCGACCCCCGUGGUUGACUGUCCAAGGUGGUGCCAUCAAAUACAUCGAUGCCGUGCUAGAGCUAGCAGGGAACUGCCAAGGUCAUCUCGGGACUCCCGUGCUGGCUGUGAAGAGGAAGGGCGGUAAAGUUGAGCUCAAGUUGGGUGGCCGGGGAGAGGGUCAGACAGAAACCUUUGAUGAGGUCGUGUUUGCUUGCCAUGGCGAUCAAGCGAGGUGGAUAUUGGGCGAUGAGGCAACGGAGCAAGAGAAGGAGAUUCUUGAUUCAUUCGAAACAACGCCAAACACAGCAUAUCUACAUUCAGAUCUCUCGCUCAUGCCCACACGCCGCACCGCCUGGUCCGCAUGGAACUACCUCACUACUUCGAAGGCUUCAACACCAAAAAAUGCAAAUCUCACAACGUCCGCAGGCACACUUGAAACUGUUUGCUUAACCUACGACAUGAACACGCUUCAACACAUCCCCCGCGACACCUUCUCCUCCGUCCUCGUGACCCUCAAUCCCCCUCAUCCACCAUCUCCGUCUUUGACUCAAGCAACAUAUCAGUACAGGCAUCCCCUGUAUAACUCCCGGAUGGUGUUCGCCCAAGACCGACUCCCAGAGAUCCAAGGCAAGCAAGGCAUCUGGUAUGCCGGUGCUUGGACGGGAUACGGGUUCCACGAGGAUGGAUGUCGGAGCGGGCUGCAAGUUGGAGAGAAACUUGGAGGGAGUGCAGGUUGGGAUGUUGUAGACGCCAAGUUCAUGCGAGGUAGAAAGCCAGAGCUGGAGUGGAAAGAUAACGUGGUCAGAGUGGUGGUUCUUCUGGUGCAGAUGUGGAUCACCGUGCUAGAGGGUCUGGUUGGUGUGAAGAGAGAAGGCAGCGCGGCACUGAAGGCGAGUGGGAAGAAGGAGCUAUAG